UUUAUUCCUUUUUGGUUUUGAGAGAGAGAGAGAAAAGAAAGAAGUCUCUGAAGGAGAAGAAGAAGAAUCCAAAAGCAAUCCCAUCUCUUCUUCUGCGUGUCUCUGCACAUCAGAACUGAGAAGGGAGAGCUAUCCAACAACACCGACCGACACACUUAUCAUCUCAAUAAGGAUUUCUUUGGAAUCGAAUUUCGUCCUCUUCAAUUUCAUCUUUGGCAGAUCUAAUUUGAUUAGGGUUUUGUAUUUUGGGGGUGUUUCAGAUACUACAUGCAUAUGGGUGGUUGUGUUGGAUGCUAUAAAAGGCCCGCACUAGUUACCACUGUGGAAGGACCAUCAACAAAAGGGUUGACAAAACAAGGUAAGGCCGUGGAGAAACCUAGUACAUCAGAAGAUUUCUGGACUACAAGUACGCAUGAUAUGGACAAUAGUAUUGUUCAAUCACAAGGCAGUAUAUCUUCGACAAGUCUAAAUAACCAAGCUGUAGCUCCUCAUGGCAGUUCUUCGAACAACCCACCUGAAUUUGUAAAUCAUGGUCUAAUUUUAUGGAACCAGACCCGGCAGCGUUGGGUUGGAAAUAAAAAGCCUGAGAGUCGAACACAACAAUUGCGAGAACCUAAAUUGAGAACUUAUUCUCUGUGCCUUGCCAAAAAUUUUUGGCUUUGCAGUUGGAAUGCAACAUACGAAAGUUUACUGACAAGCAACAAGCCAUUCCGCCAGCCUAUCCCUCUCGCUGAAAUGGUAGAUUUUCUUGUGGACGUUUGGGAACAGGAUGGCCUGUAUGACUGAGCCGAUGAUGGUUGAGGAAGUGCCCUUUCGUUUGUUUGAUCCCUGAAAUAAUAUUUAGACCUUGCUUCUUUAGGAACAGGAGGAAAGGGAAUGAAUAUGUUGCAGUUUGUAUAUCAAUUUCGUUACAUGCCAAAGAGUGUAAUUUCUCUCUGCAGGCUUUAAGAUAAUUGUAUUAUACUUUAUUUAAUUGAUUGCCCUGGUUUCCUCUCUGGUAUCCACAAGAGGCAAGUUUUGAAAAUUUCUCAUUGUUGACUGCA